GCAACAUUCGUUCAUCACAACCUCUCAAUACGAAAAAAAUGGAGAGCAAAACAAAAAAUUACUUAACACCGAUUCUUGUUAUAUUGAUCAGCCUAUACUACCAUCCUAUCCCCGCCACACCAGUGUCACCGCAACAUGGCCGGGCCCAUUUCGUGCUGGUUCAUGGUGCCGGUCACGGGGCUUGGUGUUGGUAUAAACUGAUACCAAUAUUGAAAUCUCAAGGCCACAACGUAACUGCGGUCGACUUGUCGGCGUCCGGCAUCGAUCUACGCCGGGCAGAGACUCUACGAUCGGUCACGGAGAAUAUUAAGCCGUUGAUGGGCCUAAUGAAGAGUCUACGUGAGGAUGAGAAGGUGAUUCUCGUUGCACAUAGUUAUGGUGGACUCGCUAUUUCCAAGGCCAUGGAGAUGUUCCAUGAUAAUGUUCAUAUGGCUAUUUUCAUCACUGCCCUAAUGCCUGGCCCGACCUUCAAUUUCACUUUGCUUUCUGAAGGAGGGUGGCAAGCUCCACAAUUGGACUUAAAGUUUGUAUUUGGAAAUGGGCCUAAUAAACCUCCUACACUUUCCAUUAGAGGCCCACUUUUCAUUUCGUUAACUAUGUAUAACCUUAGUCCUAAAGAGGACGUGGAAUUGGCGGGAGCAUUGGUACGGCCACUAAGAUUAUUCAGCAACGAAGAGAUAGACGCAAGUCUUGUGCUCACGCCCGAGAGGUUUGGGUCGGUAAAGCGGAUCUUUGUAGUAUCUGAGAAAGACAAGUCACUGGAGCCGUUCUGUAUAUUUAUAUAUUUUGUA